AUGCCACGGAAAAGGAUUAAUAAAACGGAAAGAGCCUCACGUGAUCUAUCUUUAUAUGAAUCUGCAUAUGAUGUGGUACUGUCUGGAACGUCAAUUCGAGCAGCUGCAGCCCAAUUUGGUCUGUGCCAUGUGUCCCUAUUACGUUAUAAGAAGAAAAGAGAAAACUCAGUCGAUUGCAUUACAAAAGUUAGAAGGAAGAGCAGAUGCGAUCCUUAUCAGGACACCUGCAAAACUUUUACAAGUUCAUGACGAAGCCACUCCAACUUCGUCAGAAUUCGUAAAAGUUGUAUUUUCCCCAGAAAACGUUAGACCAUUUUCCAAAGCUCCACCAAGAAAAGGUACAAUGAAAGGAAGGAAAAAAAGAAAGUCCGCAAUUUAUACAGACACCCCAGAGAAAAUAGAAAUAGAGAAAGAAGUUGAGGAAAGAGAAAAAAAGCGAGUAAAAAGAAACUUAGGCAGUCAGGGAAAUAGACCAAAUAAUAAAGUUCCUAGAAAGAAAAAAACUGGAUCGGCAGAAAGCAGUGAAGACGAAAAUGAAUAUUUUUGCCUAGUUUGCGUCGAACCUUAUGGGAAUAGCAGAAAGGGCGAGAAAUGGAUCCAGUGCACACAGUGCAAGAUGUGGUCACACGAAGAGUGUGUAGGACAAAACUUGUUCUAUGUUUGUCACAAUUGUGAGUCAGAGUAA